GAACGUUAACAGUCAGGUCCCCUCAUCCCCUCAUCCCCUCAUCCAAUCAUCCCACUCUUCCACUGCAUCAAAUGUCUGUCGGCACUCUCUAUACAUUCCCCGGGCAGGGGUAUGGCAAGCGUGUGCGUGCUGCUGCCGCUGUUGCGGGCGUCCAGCUCGACAUUCCUCUCUGCACGUUCGGGGAGACUAACAAGAGUCCGGAAUAUCUUGCAAAGUUUCCCCACGGCAAGUUUCCUGGGUUCGAAGGCAAGGACGGCUUAAAGCUCUUUGAGAGUGCUGCAGUCGCUCGCUAUGUGGCUUCGCUGUCUCACAACUCUACUGUUCUCGGCGCGUCCCCACACGAUGCAGCUCUGGUGGACCAGUGGAUCUCCUUCGCCGACAACGAAGUCCGUGUCCCCAUGAGCAACACACUUGCCCUUGUUCGAGGCAAUGCUGGUGCUUACGUCAAGCCUGUCGAUUCAUACUGGCGUCAGCGUAUUAUACCUGCUCUUGAGGUUGUUGAGAAACAUCUGCAUACGUGUACAUUCCUGGUUACCGAGCGCAUUACUCUCGCCGACAUAACCCUCGCGACCAUCGUCCAAUCUGCAUUUUCGACCCUGGUUGAUGCCACCGCGCGCGAGAAGCUGCCCAAUUUGGUACGGUGGUUCGAAACCAUCACCAACCAGCCUCUCCUCAAAGAGAUCUUCGGCGAGACUAGCUACAUCGAGACCGCUCUUCAGUAUCAGCCCCCGAAGAAGGACGCAAAAGAAACAAACCCCGCCAAGCCAUCCGGUGUUGCAGGUGCUGUUGCGGCUGCUGCUGGGGCCGUCCAGUCUGCAGCUGCAGCUGCAGUCACUGCAGCGAAGCCUAAAAAGAAGCAGGCUGAGGAGGACGAAGAGGACGAGCCUUUAGUCCCCGCAGAGCCCAAGGUUAAAAACCCCUUGGACGAUUUGCCCAAGUCUACAUUUAACUUGGAAGACUGGAAGCGUUCAUACUCCAACAUGGACACAAAGGGUUCUGGUGGGUCUAUCGAGUGGUUCUACCAGCACUUUGACAAGGAAGGCUUUUCUAUCUGGCGCGUCGACUUUAAGUACAAUGAGGAGCUCACCCAGGUCUUUAUGUCCAGCAACCAAAUCGGAGGCUUCUUUAACCGUCUGGAGGCGUCACGCAAGUACCUGUUUGGUUCUGUCGGUGUGUUAGGCACUGCGAACAACUCGAUCAUCACUGGCGUCCUCGUGUGUCGUGGACAAGAUUUCCAGCCAGUUGUUGAUGUUGCUGCCGAUUGGGAGUCGUACGCAUACAAGCGUUUGGAGCCUGAGACGAAUCCUGCAGACAAGCAGUUCUUUGAGGACGCGCUUGCCUGGGACCUUCAGAUCGGAGAUAAGAAAUGGGCGGACGGGAAGAACUUCAAAUAAACGUCGUGCUUUCCAUACUUCUACUGUUGUGUCGACUGGAUUUUACCCGUGUUGAGAGACGAGUCGGUACAGUUAUUGUCUCUGUUUGCAUUCAAUAAUAGCAGAAUGACAUUGUGCAUUACAUGAG